UGUGAAAGUGUACAACACAACCUAGCUAAGUAGCUAGCUAUCUAGCUGAUAGCACAGUAUUCGACUAUUUACUGUAUAAUGUUGUGUGAUGGAGAAAUUAGCUUAAUUAUAUUUUUUUUCUGAAAGGAGUACCUAAGAGUAAUGUUUUUAUCUUUUUUACAAUAAUGUUUGUCGGUUUAGCUUACCUCAAAAACGAAAUGGAUAAUUAGCAUCAUUGAUUUUUUUGUUAAUUAAAUAAUUAUGUGCAGGUUAGUGCAAAGGAAUAUGUACCGAUAAAUUGUUAUUGUUUGCUUUAAUUAUUUCAUGGCAAUAUAUUUUAUGAGUGUAAAAUUACCUCCAUCUGCCAGAAGUGAUUAAAAGGUGGUAAUGGUUAAAUCAAAAUUGGUAUAUAUUCUACACCAUGCUUAACUAAGCAUGACUAAAUUUCUUGUUCUUGCACACAGCAUUACCCAAUUUGAAGAUGACUGAGUCAGAAUUUUGGAAUAAUGACGGUGUUACAGCCAAUCAGCAAGCAAUUGAAUUUUUACAAACUGUAGACUUUAAGGCUUUGGGAAGAACUGUGUUUAAAGACCACCUGGCGACAGUUUCAGAAACAGGAAAAAGUAUUGGUGAAUUAACAAUUUCUGUGGAGGAGACAAUUAGAGGUGGAGAAGUAUGCUAUUAUGUACAUGCACAAAGCCAUGGUGUGCUUGACGAAGUUCCAAUGGGAACUUCAGUUACAGCUUACAUAUCAAGAGGUGUAGUAACACUGGAACAAACACAGCAUGAAUAUAUCAAGAUUCCAAAUAAACCAUUGGACAAAAAGACUGUCUUAAUAAAAGAAGGUAACAAAUACGUCAUCAAAAGAACUACAACCGAAGGAAUGUUUGUUAGUGAAAUAGAAAGGACUUAUCCAUUAGCUGCAAUGAAAGGGUUUAUUUCUGAAGGUGCAAAUAUAAUUCUUCAAAGGAUUUUGUGCUUACGACAAGAAGUUCCUGAGCAAGCAGAGUUUAUCGCCAUUGAUUCGACAGUCAAUUUAACCCAUCAAACCUAUGAAAAACUUCCUGAUACUGUUCUGUCAGUGGGAGGUAAAACUUUACAAGUACUGGGACUACAGAGACAACAGAUUUCUAAUCAUGAACCAGUGACAACUUGGCAUACUCAUUUUUUGCCCAACGGCAACGUAGCGAGUCGUGUCACGCUAGGUUCAUCUGUACGUAUGCAACUUUUAGAAUUACCUAAAAUAGAAGACGAGGUCCAAGAGAAAAAAAUUGGUGAAGUAAAGAAGGACCUUCAUUGGAAAGAAGAUAUGCAAAUGCAUUCGCAUUUUUUGGAGAGAAAGGAGGAGCUUAUUGACGACCAUAAGACAUACUUUCGUCACAAGCCUGAAUUGCGAGCCUUACUAGAAGAUUUCUGUCAGUUUGUGCUCCUGCGAAAACCAGAUGAUGUGUGUACAUUCGCUUCUGACUACUUUCGUUCGUUUUCAACAAAGACGAAUCCACCAGGUCUCCCUGUAGAAGCUGAAAUUAGAGAUUAAAUAACUAAAUACCAUUAGAGUUACUAGGUAGACAACAGUAAUAUAUAGAUUUUUUAAAGUUUAUCUCGGUUUAUAUAACUGUUUGGCCGGUUGGAUAAAUUUUUAAAAUAAAUUGACACUGGUAUGGGAGAACCUUUAGUCAAGAUUUCGCUAGAACUUGUGAUAUUGGUGUCUCCUAUGUAGUAAAGUCUACUGAGAAUUAGCGAUGAGAUAUCUUAUCUGACAAACGUUUUCCCGAAGUGAAGAAAUUUUAUACAGCGUAAUAUUUCCGAUAAGAUGUUAAUAUUAUAAAAUGACCUUGUGUGGUUUUGUUUUGUUCUAUAUCGUUUGAAAACAUUAAUUUGGCAAGUAUACUAAUGAUGUUCAAAUGAAUUAUUUAUGAGUAUUUAUUCAUUAACUAAUUGUAGUUUGAAUAUUUCUUUUCUUCACUCGCCAAAAUCAGCAUAAUGUAUACAACCAAUGUAGAUAGAGACCUACGUUUAUUUUAUAUAUAAAUAUUGACGAAAACUUUUAUCCAUUCACGCGACAUAGCUUCUACUUUGAUAUAAACAAGAGACCGUUGACAUGAAACUGAAGUAAGAUAAAGGCGAAGUGAAAUUCCAAACUGUAGUGAAAUUUGUUAUUGUUUACAUGUUUUCGUAUUUUUAUGCUUUGACUUUCAAGCAUGCACACUGAUCCAAAAACACUCCAGGGAGAAUUGUAUAUACGGAAAUCUUGCACGAAUUUAAAAUUUGACCGAAUUUGAUCAAGUUGACCAAAGUAAAAGAACCACCCGAAGCGAACUUUACUUCGCCCAAAUUAUAAAAACCCAUAAACAGUCUAACGCAACGUGAAACUUAAUCUUCAAAAAAUUCACUUCGAAUCUCAUGUAAAAAGUCUCAAAAGCUUGCAUUUACUUCGUUUGUGUAAGGAGUAUAAGAGUCAACAUUCACAAGAAAUUUCGAUUUCCCAUGUAGGAAUGUAAAUCAUAAAUGUUAUUGUAUAUAUCAUUUGCAAAUUUAAAUUGUUUAUAUUCUGUUUGAAAGAUAUACUUUCCUAAAUA